AUGGAAACUGGACAGCAAAUUCUUCGGCUGUCUUCUUCCCAGUUCAUAUCGCGCUGUCUCCAGUCGGACGGGGUGACCAGCGAUCAGGCUAAGGCGUUCCAUGCCAAAUUAUGGAGGCUACACAUCGACUCGCAACGAAACUCUGCUCGUCAGUCUACUACGGCCAAUAAGAGAGAUCAAACACUUUGCAAAGAUUCCCUCUCGGAGCAAUUCUCAUCCAGUCGCGAUCCCGAGCUUAUAGGCAAAAUCCACGAGCCUGAUUUCAAGGAGCGUAUCCGACCAGGCAUGGUUGUCUCCUGGAAGGAACCCGCAAGAUCUUCAUUGUCUCCUUUGGCGCGAAAUCUGGCCGUUGUGCUCUGUCCUCGCAUUGCAGAAGCAGGCCAGGCACGGAAUUUCGUUGGCUUCUUGGGAGACAAAGCCCGUCAAGCAUCGCAACGUGGUCAACGCUACCUCUGUGCGACCGUGUCAUCGGGAACUCUAGCGGGUACCUAUGAGAUCAAUAUGUGGCAUCAAAUCGUGGUUGAUGUGGAAGAUAUGGAGGCUGAGGUUCUACUGGAAUACGAUGCCGCCACACGAUACUACUACACGAGCGUCUAG